UAAACCAGCCAAUGAAAUAUAGAACCCGGUCCAUUGAAUCGGGUCGACCGAAUCAUCUCUUGUUCAUCCACAUCACACACACAGUGUUCAGAAACCUAGGGUUUUAGCUUGCUCAUCUCUCCAAUGGCAGCAACUGCAAUUGCUCUUCACCUCAAACGAAACACAACAACAACAACAACAACAAAUUCUAAUCUCAUCAGAAACUCUAACUCCAUUAAGCUCUUCUCAUCUUCUUCUUCAUUUCCCCAACCUCCUACUAAUGACAACGACGAAACGACGCCGUCUGCUGAUCCCCAAUCGCAGUCACAGCCUUCCUUCACCUCGUAUUUCAAAGACCUCAAAUCAAGUCUCAAACAAACUUCUCAACAAUCUCAACAACCUCGUAUUCCGUUGCAACAGACUCAACAGAAUCCGUUUCAACGGUCACAACAAACUCAAUCGCAGUUCCAACGGCCACAAGCUCCGCCGACGAAGUCGGCAUCGUUCGAUGAGAUAAGGAAGAAUCUGGCCGAGUUUCGUAACCGGACUGCGGCUCCGAUGCCCUCUGGCGUCCAGAACGCGCAGUUUCCGUCUGCGUCUCCGGCUCGGUCUUCGGGAAUUUCGUUUCAGGAGCUUUAUAAUAAGAAUGUGGCGGCGAGAGGGGAUGGGUCGAGUAAUGCUGAGUCGAGAGGAGUGGGGAAAAUGUCGUACGAUAUGAUUCGUGAGAGUAUAAAGGAGCUUAAGAAGAAUAGGCCUGUGGAAGUGAAUAAGGGGAAUGAGAUGGGGAACCGGUCUAAGUUGACUGAUAGUUUGUUUGGGCCUGCGUCGCCGCCUGUUUAUGGAGGGACGGGUGUGUUACCGGCUAAGGUGUUUGGGAAGGAAGGGAGUAAGAAGAAAGAAGGCGAGUCUGAGGAAAUGAAGACUAAGUUUUUGAGGAUGUACACGUACGGUGAUUUAGGGAACAAGUUGAAGAAGUUGAGGCCGGAGGAGGCCAAGGAGAAGAAGGGGAAAUGGUUUUCGUUGAAAGAAUUAAGUGAGAGAUUGAUUAAGCUAAGAGAGGUCGAAGAGAAGGAGUCUGAGGCCGAUCCUAGAGCUUACAGGGAUAUAAGGGAAAGCCUUGAGAAGUUGACAAUGGAUGAAAAAAGAAAAUCGACUGUUCAUAGGAUUGAUAUCUUGGGCCAGCUUGGUGGGAGUCCAAAUUAUAUGAUGUCGCCUCCAAAGGAAAAUUUGGUUGAGAAGUAUUUCCAUCCAGACAAUAUGUCAUCGGCAGAGAAAAUGAAGAUUGAGCUAAAAAGAGUUAGAGAUGAAUUUAAAAUGUCAGAGUCGGAUUGUGGGUCUUCUCGUGUUCAAGUGGCACAACUCACAACUAAGAUCAAACACCUCUCUUCAACUCUGCACAAGAAGGACAAGCAUUCAAGAAAAGGACUUCAAGCAAUGGUUCAACAGAGGAAGAAAUUGCUGAAGUAUCUCAGAAGGACAGACUGGGAUUCAUACUGCUUUGUGCUGGAUAAACUUGGUCUAAGGGACAACCCAGAUUACAAGAACUAGACAAACUUGUAUCCAUGUGUUUUGUAGUUUUUUUUUUGUUUUGUUUGAAGGGAAAUCUCUUCAUCUUUCCCGAUUAAAAGAGUGGAAGGAUGUAUUAAUAUUGUUUAUCAGAACUCUUUUUCCUGAAUUCAGGUUACCCUUUUUGAAAGCAAACGCUACCAAUAAUAAUCGCAACUAUAUAUCUUUUACUGCUUAAA